AUUAAUUAUGAAAGUAAUUCUAAUUAUUUUAAUUAUUGGAUAUGUCGUUUACGUUAAUUCCCUAGCAAUUCAAUCAAAAAAUGACGAUACUGAUAACAAUGAACACAAAAGAAGGAAGAGGUACCUGGGCCUAAACAAAAGAUACAAGUUAAACAAAUUAUAUGAAGAAUGCGUCGCACCAGGAGAUAAUAAAGGACAUUGUAAACACUUAUCGUUCUGUCCGUUGGACGUUUUAAAGAGCACUGGAAAUUCCUUAGAUUAUUUGUGCGUUAUUGAAAAAACACAUGUAGGCGUAUGUUGUCCAGACGACAUCGCAGUGAACAGCUAUGCUGGUUCACAAAUUAUCAUGAAUCUACCUGCUGGGGGUAAUGAUUACGACAAAGAUGAUAAUGUUACAGGUUGUGGCAUACCUUUGAUGGGAAGAUCCGAGGUGGCGACGAAGAGUACCAGCAUUCAAGAAUGGCCCUGGAUGGCUGCCCUUUAUAGGCCCAAGCAGAUGAUGGAAGGUUCAGAACAGCAGUUUUGUGGUGGAGCCCUAAUCACCGAUACUCACAUAUUGACGGCUGCACAUUGCACUCAAGGUUUAACCCCCAAGGAUAUCCGGGUGAGGUUGGGGGAAUACGACUUUGCGAAGCGCAACGAGACGCGUGCCUUGGACUACGCAGUGAGUCAGAUAAUCGAACACGAAGAAUUCGUCCUUGCCACUUAUGCAAAUGACAUCGCUGUACUGCGUUUGGAAAAACCGACCAGCUUUAAUUCGUACAUUUGGCCAAUUUGUUUGCCACCAAGGAGAAGGAAAUACGAGAAGGAAACCGUCGUUGUGGCUGGAUGGGGCCAGCAAUUUUAUUCUGGACCGUUGAGUCAAGUGCUAUUGCAAGUUGCCAUUCCGGUGUGGGAGCACAAAAAGUGUGUGGAUUCUUUCAUACAAACUAUUACAGACGACAACAUUUGCGCUGCUGGGUAUGAAGGCGGAAAAGAUUCCUGUUUGGGUGACUCAGGAGGUCCGUUGAUGUACCAACUAGAAAAUGGUAGAUGGGUGACAAUUGGAGUAGUAUCAUGGGGAGUUGGUUGCGGCAAUAAGGAGAGUCCUGGCAUUUACACCAAAGUGAGCAACUACUUACCUUGGAUUAUUAAAAAUACUAUAGCUAAAUAAAUUGUAUGAUACCAUGUAAAAAUAGGAAAAGGAAAUAAUAUAUUCGCGUGUUUUGA